AUGUCAGCAGAUUCACUUGUGUAUAUUCAUUUGUGAUUGUAUUCUGAGUUUCUAGGUUUGUUAGCCUCAUCAGUUAUUUCUGCUACAGUAUUCUGUAUGAGUAUGUCAAAAUUUAUUCAUUCAUUUUAUUGCUAAUAGAUGUUUGAUGGCUUUUAACUUUUAGGUAGCUUGCAAAAUACUGCAAUGAACAUUCUUGUACACAUAUUCUGUUAUACUUGAGGAUGCAUGUAUGUUGGAUAUAUCUGAAUUUUUAAUUGCUAGAUAAAAAGUUAUUCAUAUUGUCAAGUUUACUAGCUGGUGUUAAAUUGCUUAUAUCUUAGCACCUCUUGAUUUACUUGGUGUUUUACUUCUGCUGUGGUUUGAGUGUUAAAAUCCCCCCAAAGCAUGUGUUAAAGGCUUCUUCCAGAGGGUGGCGCUAUUGAGAGAUACUAAAACUUUUGGGAGGUGGGACUUCUGAGAUGGCCUUAAGGGGUCACUGAAGCAUGCCCUGGGGAGGUACUUUCUGAAAGAAGGUUGCUAUAAAACCUGGCCAUGUGAUCCUUCUUUUCUGACAUUCCACCAUCUGUCAUCUGCUCUUCACCAUAGAAUCCACAUUGUACCAUUUGGGCCUUCAGCCUCCAAAACUUUUCACUGAAGAUUCUUUGGAUCAUCCAAGGUGCCACGCUGUAAAAAAUGGUUCAGCUGACAGCUACUCCUACAAGUACACUUGUUGAUGAGCCAGUGCAUAUCCGAGCCACUGGCCUGGCUCCUUUUCAGUUGGUGUCCCUUCACGCGACCCUGGAAGAUGAAAAGGGGAUGUUCUUUAAUUCCUGGGCCUACUACAGGGCCAAUGAAGUUGGUGAGGUGGACUUAGAUCGUGCUCCGGCACUUGGAGGUGAUUACACAGGAGUACACCCCAUGGGACUCUUCUGGUCACUAAAACCUGAAAUAUUCUUAACUAGGCUGUGUAAAAGAGAUGUGAUGAACAGCCCCUUCAAGGUCCAGAUAAAGCUUUAUGACAAAGAGUUACCAAUACAACCCAAAGUCACCCGUGCACCAACGGCCAGUGUGACUGUGGAAAGAUGGUAUAUGGCAUCUGGUGUCACACGCAUCCAGGUCCGGGAAGGUCGUAUUCGGGCAACCCUCUUUGUGCCGCCAGGAGAUGGUCAGUUACCUGGAGUAAUUGAUAUGUACGGUGGUACUGGUGGACUGCUUGAAUCCCGAGCUAGUCUCCUGGCCAGUCAUGGUUUUGUCUGCUUGGCCUUGGCUCAUUGUGGCUUUGAAGACCUGCCAGCCCAGCCAGACAAAAUAGACUUGGAGUACUUUGAGGAAGCUGCCAACUUUCUCCUGAAACAUCCUAAGGUCCUUGGUCCAGGCAUCGGGAUAGUCUCUGUGUGCAAAGGGGCAGAGAUUGGUCUCUCAAUGGCUAUUCAUCUAAAACAAGUUGUGGCCUCUGUACUUAUUAAUGGGCCCAACUUUGUUCUUUCUGCUCCACAUGUAUAUCGUGGUCUGAUCCUUAAGCCUGGAUCCUUUUCCACAGAAUUAAUACACUCCAAUUCCUAUGGAUUGAUAGAUUUUUACCAUGUUUUUGAUAAAAGUAACCAGGAAAAGAGUCCUUCUGUUCUUCCGAUUGAAAAGGCUAAGGGACAUUUCCUGUUUAUUGUGGGAGAAGCUGAUAAGAAUAUCAAUAGCAAAGUAUUUGCUAAGAAUGCCAUAGAACAACUGAAGAGACAUGGGAAGAAUAACUGGACCCUGCUGUCCUACCCUGGGGCAGGUCACAUGAUAGACCCUCCCUAUUCCCCGCUGUGCACUGGCUCAGCAAUCCCUGGUGUAUGUUCAGCCGUUCACUGGGGAGGAGAGUUGGUCCCACAUGUGGCUGCACAGGAACAUUCUUGGAGGGAGAUCCAGAAAUUUCUCAGGAAGCACCUCACUCCAGUAGUGACCAGUCAAAUUUGAGAAGACCAGGUUUUCCUAGGAUGCAGCCGUGUUAAUCUCUUUAUUAGAACUUUAUCUCAGUUUUCAUAGAGAAAUUUGAUCUUCUAUUGUCUUUGAUCUAUUGUA